UAUAAACAACUCUCUCACAACUGAUUCCUGCACUGCAAAAGCCCUCUGCUUCAAGUUUCUCUUCUCUUUUCUCAUUGACCCAAUUACAAGGAAAAGUAGCAAAGUGUAAAUGGCUGUUAUGAAGCCUGGAGUGAUUGCAUUGUUCGAUGUCGAUGGGACUCUCACUGCUCCCAGAAAGGAUAUUACUCCAGAGAUGUUAGGAUUCAUGCGACAACUCAGGAAGGUUGUUACAGUGGGCAUUGUUGGAGGAUCCGACCUUGUUAAGAUAACAGAGCAGCUUGGAAAGACAGUUCUUAGUGACCAUGAUUAUGUGUUUUCUGAGAACGGUCUUCUGGCUCACAAAGAUGGGAAACUCAUUGGCAAACAGAGCUUGAAGACACAUCUUGGCGAUGAUAAGCUGAAGGAAUUUAUCAACUUUACACUUCACUACAUAGCUGACUUGGACAUACCAAUAAAGAGGGGUACAUUUAUUGAGUUUCGAAGUGGGAUGAUUAAUGUUUCACCAAUUGGGCGAAACUGUAGCCAAGAGGAAAGAGAUGAAUUUGAAAGAUAUGACAAGGUUCACAACGUGCGCCCAAAAAUGGUUUCUAUCCUUCGUGAGAAGUUUGCUCACUUCAACCUGACAUUUUCCAUUGGAGGACAGAUAAGCUUUGAUGUUUUUCCUCAAGGUUGGGACAAGACAUACUGCUUAAGAUACCUAGAGGAAUUUCAAGAAAUCCAUUUCUUUGGUGACAAAACUUACAAGGGAGGAAAUGACCACGAAAUUUAUGAAUCUGAAAGAACUGUGGGCCAUACAGUUACCAGCCCUGAAGAUACAAUCCAGCAGUGUAAAGCUCUCUUCUUCAGUUCCUGAUAUGAAACCAAUUUUUCAAUUUGAAUCAUAUGCCAGUUUUUAAAACAGGAAGCAGAAGUUGUAUGUCAUUUGUAAUUCUAUAUCUUAUUAGUAAAUGUUGAGCAUAAGUCGGAAAUGUGUAAUAUUUAUUGAGACAUGCAUUUCUGCAUUGUAUUUUUUUACCAUUUGGUUCUGUAUGUCAAUAAGAUAUGUUCUUCUUCUCUUCUCGCCUGCAAACAA